AUGGACGUCGAUAGUGCCCGCGCGGUUCCGCCGCGCAAGGGGAGCAUGGAGAAACGCACGGCUGCGACGCCGCCGCCGUGGGCCUCGAAGCCCGUGGAGAUCCAUUGCGACAUGGGCGAGGCGUUUGGCAAUUGGAAGAUGGGCGAUGACGAGGCCAUCAUGCCGCACAUCACCUCGUGCUCCAUCGCCUGCGGCUUCCACGCCGGCGACCCCAUGGUCAUGUACGAGACGGUCAAGGCGGCCACGCGCCACGGCGUCCGCAUCGGCGCCCACCCGUCCUACCUCGACCUCCAGGGCUUCGGCCGCCGCGAGAUGAAGCUGGACGCGCUCGAGUGCGAGAAGAUGGUCAUCUACCAGAUCGGCGCCCUCAAGGCCUUUCUCGACAUCGAGGGCGUCCCUCUGUCCCACGUCAGCCCCCACGGCGCCCUGUACGGCGUCAUGUGCCGGGACAGGGUCACCUGCGAGGCCGUCUGCCGCGCCGCCCGCCACUUCACGGGCCCCGACGGCGCCGCGCCCGUGCCCAUGAUCGGCGCCGCCGGCACGCUCAUGGAGACGGUCUGCGCCGAGAUGGGCAUCCCCUUCAUCCAGGAGAUCAUUGCCGAUCUCGAGUACGACGAGAACGGGGACUGCAUCAUCUCGCGGACGCACGACGCCGUCGACCUCGACGGCCUGCGCGCGAGGCUCGGCUGCGCCCUCGGCACCGGCAUGAUCGAGAGCAAGGAGAAGAAGCAGAUGGUGGACCUGAAGCUCGGCCGCGCGCCCCUCAGCCUGUGCAUCCACAGCGACACGCCCGACGCGACGGCGGUGGCGGCCGCGACGAGGCGCGCCGUCGACGGCUUCAACGAGGAGACGUUCCCCUGA